AUGUUUAAAGACUGUAAGCAUUGUCAAACUUCUUUAACUUUAGCAUAAUAACACUAUCAUUAAUACCUUUGUCCUUCACAAUAAUUUAUGAAAUAGAUUGCACAAUUAGAAUUUUUACUCUCUAAUUCAAAAAUCUCAAGUUAGCAAUUUCAAUAAAUAAAGGAAAUCUUAAAAUAAAAUAUAAAGAUUGUAUACUAGGAAGAUAUUUUAAAUAAAAAUAGAAUAUUUAAUGAUUCAAUCGAGAAAUAAGAAUGCCCUGAUGAUGAUAUCUUUUUCCUGAAUUCUAAUAUAUCCAACUAUUUUGAGAAUAAAAUAAACAAUUAAUUAAGUAAUCUUCAAGAAAAUGUAAAUACUCAAAAUGACACAUUUUUUGAGAGCCAUUCAGAAUUUUUUGAUUAUAUUUAAAAGGUAGACAAAUAAAUUGAUGAAAGAUCUGUUGUAGUAAAAAAAGAAAUGUUUAACAUGUCAGAAUUACUUUAAAAUUUAUAAUUCAAUGAACAAUAUCCCACUAAUCUAUCAAAUGUAAAUUAAAAUGAUUAUUAUAAGAAUAAAAAUAAAUGCUUUAGAUGUUGUAAAAUAUUCAAUAAUAGCAAGACUCUAAAUUAGCAUAUUAAAAAUGUUCACAAGCCUAGAACGAAAAUCUCUAAAAAGAAUAGAUAAAAAUACAAAAAAUAAAGUUAAGUCAUGCUUUUUGAAUAAUAUAAAAAUAUUAAUUAUUGA